AUGGGGAUCGAGGACGCGAGCAUGAGGAACGGACGGGCUCUGUCCGAUCAGUGGGCCGACAGCGUGGUGGUCCGGCCCCGGACGACCGAGCAGCACAUCACUGUGAAUAAGAGACUUGUGCUGGGCUUCGCCAUCUCCAUCCUCACCCUCAUCAUCGUCACGGCCAUCGCCAUCACGCUCAGCGUCAGCUUCGAGAGGUGCGCCGCGGAGAGUAGCGGGACUCUAGCCGCGAACGGCUCCAGCAACAGUAAGUGGAAACAGUCCCGGAACGCUAACAUCAGUCACAGAGACUCAGAGGACGGCCAGCAGCCCUGGAGACACCUGCGCUUACCGGCCACCCUGCGCCCGCGCCACUACGACCUCCGCCUGUCCGUGUCCAUGGAGAACUUCACCUUCUCCGGCGAGGUGCACAUUGAGUUUGAGUGCGUCCAUUCCACGAAGUUGAUCGUGCUGCACACGGACCGGCUGGAGGUGGACAAGGUGCUGGUGUAUUCGGACAGCAAGAAAGCGGGCGCCAUGAGGAUCCAGCGCCGCUUCCACUACCAGCCCAAGCAGGUGUAUGUGAUCGCGCUGCACAGAGAGAUGAAGCCCCUCAGAACAUACAAGAUCAACAUCACUUUCCACGCGCACAUCGAGCACGAGCUCCUGGGCUUCUUCCGCAGCUCUUAUGUGUUGAAUGGAGAAAGAAGGUUUCUCGCAGUGACGCAGUUCUCACCGACUCACGCUAGAAAGGCCUUCCCAUGUUUCGACGAGCCCAUCUAUAAAGCCACGUUCAGAGUGAGUCUGAAACACGAGAGCUCGUAUCAGUCGCUGUCUAACAUGCCAGUGGAAGCCUCGACAUCUGACGAGGACGGAUGGGUGACCAACCAUUUCUCCAGGACGCCCCGCAUGUCCACGUACUACCUGGCCUGGGCCGUGUGCAACUUCACCUACAGAGAAGCAGUUACCGACAGUGGAGUUGUGAUUCGGCUGUACGCCAGACCUGACGCCAUCCAGAGCGGAUCGGGGGACUACGCUCUGCACAUCACCAAGAGACUCCUGCAGUUUUACCAGGAUUACUUCAAAGUCAAAUAUUCCCUCCCUAAAUUAGAUCUCCUGGCAGUGCCGAAGCAUCCAUAUGCAGCCAUGGAGAACUGGGGCCUGAGUGUGUUUGUGGAGCAGAAGAUCUUGUUGGAUCCUGACGUCUCCUCCUUCUCCUAUCAGAUGGAGCUCACCAUGGUGGUGGUACAUGAGAUCUGCCAUCAGUGGUUUGGGGAUCUAGUCACACCAGUUUGGUGGGAGGAUGUUUGGCUGAAGGAGGGAUUCGCUCAUUAUUUCGAGUACAUCGGGUCGGAUUUCCUCUUUCCAAAGUGGAACAUGGAGAAGCAGAGGUUUCUGACUGAUGUUCUUCAUGAGGUGAUGUUACUGGACGGUUUGGCCAGUUCUCAUCCCAUCUCUCAGGAAGUGUUCGAAGCCACAGACAUCGACAGAGUGUUUGACUGGAUCGCGUACAAGAAGGGAGCCGCUCUGAUCCGAAUGCUGGCUAACGUCAUGGGACAGCCGCUAUUCCAGAGAGGCCUCAAUGAUUACUUGAUGACGCACAUGUACGGAAAUGCGGCGAGAGACGACUUGUGGAACAAAUUCUCCGAGGCCAUGCAGCGGGAGGGAAAGGACAUCAACAUCACGCAGGUCAUGGACCGCUGGACGCUGCAGAUGGGUUACCCUGUCGUCACCAUCAGCAAGAAUGACAGUCUUGACAACAGUGUCACCAUCUCACAAGAGCACUUUGUCUAUGACACCGACGCCAAGAUCCAGAAUCCUGAGCUGUUCAACAAAAGCUUCCAGUGGCAAAUACCGCUGACGCUCGCAGUGGGAAACUCCAGUCACAUAUCAACAGAGACCAUCAUCUGGGUCUCCAAUAAAACAGAGACGCACAGAGUGGGUCACGUGGGCAGCGAGACGUGGUUGCUGGGCAACAUCAAUCAAACGGGCUACUUCAGAGUGAACUACGACCUUCACAACUGGAGACUUCUCAUUCAGCAGCUGAUGACCAACCCAACGAUCAUCUCAGUGGGCAACAGGGCUGGUCUGAUUGAUGACGUCUUCAACUUGGCAAGAGCAGGGUAUUUGCCCCAAAACGUCCCCCUGCAGAUGAUCUCAUAUUUGUCUCAGGAGACUGAGUUUCUGCCGUGGCACGCUGCUAGUCGAGCUCUUUACCAGCUGGACAAACUCCUGGACCGCACUGAAGACCACAGCCUGUUCAGCGUCUAUGUUCUAAGACUGGUGGAACCAAAGUAUCACAAGUUGGGCUGGCCAGCCACUUCCCCUCAGGGCUCCUUCAUGCAGGGGGCUUAUCGGACAGAAGAGCUACAGAGAGAGGUAAUGAUGCUGGCCUGCAGUUUUGGAAACAAACACUGUCACCGACAGGCUGUUUCUCUCAUUUCAGACUGGAUUUCCAGCAACAAGAACAGAAUUCCACCCAAUGUGCGGGACAUUGUGUACUGCACAGGUGUUUCUCUGAUGGAUGAGGAUGUGUGGGAGUUUAUCUGGAUGAAGUUUCACUCCUCUACAGCCAUUUCUGAGAAGAAGGUUCUUCUGGAGGCCUUGACCUGCAGUGACAACAUCUUCCUUCUCAACAGGCUGUUGAAUCUAUCACUCACCACUGACCUGGUGCCGGAUCAGGAUGUGAUCGAUGUAAUCAUACAUGUCGGCCGCAAUCCACUUGGGAGACAUUUAGCAUGGAGAUAUUUCCGCGAGAAGUGGGACAUAUUGAAUUCUAGGUUUGGAGAGGCCUUAUUUAUGAACUCAAAAUUAAUCAGCGGUGUGACAGAGUUUCUCAACACUGAGGCCGAGUUGAAUGAGCUGAAAGAGUUUAUCCUGACCAGCGGGGGAGAGUCAGCACCUGCAUUCGCCAGAGCCGUUGAGAAUGUUCAAGCUAAUGUAAAAUGGCACAUCCUGUUCCAGCAACAGUUUUACCGAUGGCUGCGGAAAGAUCUUGAUGGUUAGCCUCUGUUAGCAUGGAAACUCUAUCAGAAAUUCUCAGGCCAGAGACUUGAGCACACUUACGUGAAAUUAAAAAUAAAACAUUUAUGGACUCCUAGAAACAGCAAAAUUGAACUAUUUCCCUGCUGUUUAUGAAACUGACAGACCAAGACGAAUUUGCAGAGAACAGCGACGCUCUCCUGGCCAGCACAGUCACUGCACAAUAUACACUAUAAGGUGGAGGUAAGGAACUGUAGAAAAUGCAUCACUCAAUAUAAUAACUGAUAGAAUGAAAUUUGAACUUUUGAUUUAAUGGGAAUCAAUUGAGUAUAAUUUUCCCUAGAACAUACAUGUGGAUUGGCUUGAUUAGACAGCUUUUUUUUUAUCCUUUUUUAUCCAAAUUUUAUUCAUAAUAUGAAAUAUAAAUUCUCUUUAAAACAUAAUCUUCACAAGUUGUUUUUGAAAAUGUGCGUCCUUCCCCAAUACAGUCAUAUUUAGAUGCUAUGCAUGUAUGUUUAUUAACUACAAAAGAAAGAAAAUCUAUGAAAGGGAAAGUCUAUGAGGGGACUUUUUCUACACUCACUGCAUUCCCUCCCCAAGACUGCUGCUGUUCUCAGAUGGAACAGAAACGCUUUUCAAAGUUAAAAUGUCAGUGAUAAGCUGCUCUUUGCUUUCUUUGCACAAUCACACCAUUUUAUUGAUUUAUAUUUUGUACGAUAUCAAACUACCAUCUACCUUCAUCAAUCAGUUAAAUUAAAGGUAACUGCAGGUCACGAGAGGAUCCAGAACAGGCCAUUAUAAUUUGUCUGUUAUCAUGGACAAACACAUGCAUGCUUGUCUGAUUAUGAGUCAAUACUAAUUAAGGAAUUCUUAAAGGUACCUGUCUCAUUUGUCUUGGGUCAGUAGUGGAUUGAAGAUGGAGAUUCUAUAAUAUUGACACAUAUUAAUUAUAUAACUUGAAGGAUAUGCAUAUACAUUUAUUCUGGUUUAUGUGUAUAUAUUUAUACAAAGUUAAAUAACAAAUGGGUCAAUGAUGUGGCAUUUUAUUUUUUAUUUUUUUGCGUUUAUUUUUUUAUUUAUUUUGGAACUAAAGGGAUAGUUAAUCCAAAAAUUAAAAUUCUGUCAUCAUUUACUCACCUUAUGUCAUCCCAUAUGCCUUUGAUCAUUACUUUUUACUAAUUUCUGUG